AUGUUUGACUGAUGUUGAAUCAUGCAAGAAUCUUUCAACUCUGCAAUAUGGCUAGUCACCAAGUUUAAAUUACCAUGUUAUUUAAAUGUCAAUUCAUGAUUAGGUAGUUCAGAAAUUCAAUUUUGAUGGUUAUUUUUUUGUUGGUACAAGCCUAUUAGUCAUACAACUCUUGGUAUCUCAUCUUCAUCCUUUACUGCUUUGCAAUGGGAAUUUUAAGCUUUUCUUUAGUUGUUGUUUGCAUUAUCAAAAUGGUUGUUGCACAACCAGCUACUGAUCCUAAUGAAGUGGCUGCUCUCAAGAAGUUAGUAGACUACUGGAAUUUGAAUGACAAGUUGAAUCUAACUAUUGACCCUUGCAAUAAGGACGCGACUUGGGCGCCAGAGAAUGAAAAUCCCAGAAUAGCUUGCGAAUGUUCUAGCACUGUCUGCCAUAUAAACCACUUGAAGAUAUAUGCUCUUGACAUUUCUGGUGUAAUUCCAAGAGAACUUUUUGAGCUCAAGGAACUUAUGGACUUGAACUUGGGUCAAAAUGUAUUAAGUGGACCGAUCCCGCCAGAAAUAAGACAGCUGUCCAAGAUGCAAUACUUGAGUUUUGGUAUUAACAAUCUUACUGGACCUGUACCUCAUGAACUUGGCAGUCUGACCAAAUUAGUCUCAUUAAGUAUUAGCUCAAAUAACUUUAAUGGACACUUACCCACUGAAAUCGGAGAGCUAAAAUCCUUAGAGCAGCUGUAUAUUGAUAGCAGUGGACUGAGUGGACCAAUUCCAGAAGAAUUAUCAAACUUGAAGCUUCUCCACACAAUAUGGGCAUCUGAUAAUAGUUUUAGUGGAAAGCUACCUGAAUUCCUCGGAACACUCACGAAUCUGAAGACCCUGAGACUUCAAGGCACCAAUCUUGAAGGGCCAAUUCCACUCACUUAUGGUGCCCUGACCAAACUGGAAGACCUGAGAAUCGGUGAUCUUAGUGAGGGGGAAUCCUCACUGGACUUCCUCGGAAACUAUGCAAGUUUGUCCAUAUUACUGCUGAGGAACUGUCAUUUGGUUGGCGAACUUCCAAAACAACUUAGCUCCUUUUCCAACUUGAAAAUUUUGGAUUUGAGUUUCAACAAGUUGACAGGCCAAAUACCAAAUUCAUUCCAAGACUUUGCAUCAUUACAAUACCUAUUUCUAGGCAACAACAACUUAAAAGGGGAGCUUCCUGAAAGUAUUAUAAGUCCGAAUCUUGUGGCUCUAGAUGUCUCCUUCAACUCCAUCUCUGGGAGUUUACCUCUGAAUUUUGCUAAAGUGGGGCUCAAAGUGAAUGUUGUUGGAACUUCCAUAAAUUCAGACAACUUAUAUGAUGAGAGGGCAUCUACAUUGCUGCAGUGCCUUGACAAUACCAAAUGCAGUAACAUAGCCACAUCCAACUCGUUUUCUAUCAAAUGCGGAGGCAUGAAACAAGUGUCUACUUCUGGUAUCCGAUUCGAUGAUGAUUCAGAAGAGCUUGGAGCAGCCUCUUAUUAUGCAGGCUCCGAUAACAAUUGGGCAGUGAGCAGUACUGGAAGUUUCAUUUCUAAUCCUAAUGGACCUCAAAGUAUUGCACAAACAGAUACUCAAAUUUCAGGAACUUUAGAUUCUGAGCUGUAUAAAACAGCCAGAACAUCAUCAAGCUCGUUGAGAUAUUACGGCCUUGGUCUAAAAAAUGGCAAGUACGCAAUAGAGCUUCACUUUGCUGAGAUACAGAUGGAAGACACUCGAUCAUGGAAAGGACUUGGGAAACGCUUAUUUGACAUUUACAUCCAGGGUGAAAGAGUUGUCCAAGACUUUAACAUACAGAAUGAAGCAGGAGCAUCUAAAAAGGCUUUGGUAAAGAAAUUUGAAGGAAAUGUCACAAAUAAAAUUCUGGACAUUCAUUUCUUCUGGGCUGGAAGAGGCACCUGUUGCAUUCCUGUUCAAAGUACAUAUGGUCCCAUGGUGUCAGCUAUCCAUGUUUCUAAAGGCGAUGAAGUAAGUUCUUCGAAAAGUGACAAGAAACGAGUAGGAAAAGUAGUGGGAAUAGCAUUUGGAUGUGCAGCAGGGCUUCUGAUCAUCUCUUCCAUUUUUUAUCUGUGGUGGAUGAAAAACUCAGCAGCACACCAGCGAAUUUAUACCGGUUCGCCAACAAAAGCUCUCACUUCCUAGUGCACCAAACAUGGUUUCUGUAGCCAGCAAUCAGCUACUGAUUACAAUGUACUGGUGUGCCUAUUAUGUGAUUUAAUCUUUAAAACAAACUUUGGCAUUUCAUGGACUCAUGGGUCAUUGCUUCUAUCAUUUCAAGUAUCUCUGUGAAUAAAUCAAAUGUACCCUUUCAAGU